AACUAAUCUGGUCCUCAGACCCGCUAUUAAAGCAAAUGCUAUCACAGUUUUCAACACCAACACAUUCCAAUCAACUAUCAUACUCACAGCCAUCAGUUAAAUCACAAAUUAUGUUUACACCAAAAAAAUCAAGCUCUUUAAAUAAUAUUUUUUCAACAUUAGAAGCUGAACAGCAACAACAACAACAAGAUGAAUAUGAAAACAAUAAUGAAGAGAUUUUUAUGUUGCUUUGUAAAGAUGUACCACAAUUAUUAUCUAAACAGCAGUUCAUUGGUAGCACAUUACAAAUUAACAAAUUAACAGCAUGUGAUCAAUUUACAAAAACUUUUGAAUCCUCAAAAACUCAAUUAGAAACAGCUUUUAAAAUUGAUAUUGAAGGUCCAAUUUUACCAGAUACCUCCAUCGAUCUUUUAAAGUUAUUUUCGUAUCGUUAUAAUGAAUUUCAGUGUAAUCAAAUGUCACAUCCAGUUACCUAUGGUUUUAAUUUUAAUAAUUUUAAAGAUAACACUAAUGACAGCAAUAGCAACAACAACAAUAGCAUUAUAGAGAAAUCUUCAAAAAUUUUAGAUAGAAAUAUUAUAUCAAAGAUUAAUUUUAAUAACAACAUUUAUAAAAUAACUCCAAAAGGAUAAUUUAAUUAAAAUAAUAACUCAUCAGUAAAAUAUAUUUAUAUGAUGAUAUUAAAUAACA